CGGCCUUGCAUCUACUUUAUAUGAACGAAAAAGGAAGAAACACCACUUUUGCUUCCUAACUUUCUAUGCAACAGGCGAUUUCACCACAUUGACCAACGGGAAGUUACCUGGUUUGGCAGAGACCUCUGUGUGGGCGAUGCUUCACACACCUCUACACUGAAUAUUUACAAUGAACAAAGAUAUAAUUUUAGUGGUGUUGAAAAGCAUGCAUGAUUCUCACCGUAUGGGGAGAAUGUAGAGGAAAGACGCGAAUACAAUCAGCUUCUGAUUUUUUUUUUUUAAACAUUUUAGUUCAUUUUAUUUCUUUGAGACCAUGGCCUACACAAAUUAUAGCUCGCUUAACAGAGCUCAGCUCACCUUUGAAUAUCUGCACACAAACUCGACAACCCACGAGUUUCUAUUUGGAGCUUUGGCUGAACUCGUGGACAACUCGAGAGACGCAAACGCCACACGGAUAGACAUCUACACAGAGAAGAGACCAGACCUGAGAGGCGGGUUUAUGCUCUAUUUCCUUGACGAUGGCACUGGAAUGGAACCCAGUGAAGCCACGCACGUUAUCCAGUUCGGUAAAUCGAGCAAACGGUUCCCAGAGUCCACUCACAUUGGCCAGUAUGGAAAUGGAUUAAAAUCGGGUUCAAUGCGUAUUGGGAAGGACUUCAUUCUCUUCACCAAAAAAGACGACAAAUUAACGUGUUUGUUUUUGUCGCGAACAUUUCACGAAGAAGAGGGUCUGGACGAGGUGAUUGUUCCGUUGCCGAGUUGGGAUGCGAAGACCCAGCAGCCUCUGACUCAAGACUCUGAGAAAUACGCGACUGAGACUGAACUGAUCUUUAAAUACUCUCCCUUUAAGAAUGAAGAGCAGCUGUUUCGGCAGUUCAAGAAGAUCGAGGGACCCAGUGGCACUCUUGUUGUAGUUUACAAUCUGAAGCUAAUGGAUAACAGAGAGCCCGAGUUGGAUGUGGAAACGGAUCACCAGGAUAUUCUGAUGGCCGGGACACCUGUAGAGGGAGUGAAGCCGGAGAGGAGGUCCUUCCGUGCGUAUGCUGCUGUCCUGUACAUUGACCCCAGAAUGAGGAUCUUUAUUCAGGGUCACAAAGUCAGAACCAAGAGAUUGUCCUGCUGCCUAUAUAAUCCUAGGAUGUACAAAUACACAUCAACACGCUUUAAAACCCGCGCAGAGCAGGAGGUCAAGAAGGCGGAUCACCUCGCGAAACUCGCUGAGGAGAAAGCGAGAGAGUCCGAAAGUAAAGCUCGUGCUCUGGAGUUAAAGCUUGGUGAUGAUUUAUCCAAAGAGGCCAGGGCUGCGCUGAGAAAAGCACAAGAUUCGGCUGUGAUGUUGCGUGCCGAAGCUACCAGAAAACAAGCCAUCCAUGCGUCAAAACAAAAAGCUUUGAAGGAGCCCAAGGACUUAAACUUUAUCUUUGGCGUGAACAUCGAAAGACGAGACCAGGACGGAAUGUUCGUCUACAACUGCAGCCGUCUUAUUAAGAUGUACGAGAAAACGGGACCACAGCUGGAGGGAGGAAUGGCGUGUGGCGGUGUUGUAGGAGUGGUGGAUGUUCCCUAUCUAGUAUUGGAACCAACACACAACAAGCAGGACUUUGCAGAUGCUAAAGAAUACAGACAUUUACUUAGAGCCAUGGGAGAGUAUCUCGCACAAUACUGGAAGGACAUCAGUAUAGCUCAGAAAGGUAUAGUGAAAUUCUGGGAUGAAUUUGGCUAUUUGUCGGCCAACUGGAACUCCGUCCCAUCCAAUGAACUUCGGUUUCGCCGACGGAGAGCCAUGGAGAUACCAGUCACCAUCCAGUGUGAUAAGUGUUUGAAGUGGCGGACGUUGCCGUUUCAGAUGGACGCCGUGGACAAACGUUACCCAGACAGUUGGGUGUGUCUCAUGAAUCCAGACGGAACUCAGGACAGGUGUGAUGCCGCAGAGCAGAAGCAGAAUUUGCCCAUUGGCAUGUUGAAAAAAGAUUUCAAAACAACAGAGGACAAACAGAAAGAUUUGUCUGAGAAGAUCCGGCAACAGCAGGAAAAACUAGAGGCUCUGCAGAAAACAACAACCGUGAAAUCUGCUGCUGAUAUAAAACAGCUCCCUCUAGCGGUCAGUGCAAAACCUACAGAAGAGCGCACACCUCCGCCGACCCGCUCAUCCCAGCGAGCGGCGCCCCGCCCACGCUCACCUCCUCUCCCCACAGCGGUCAGGAAAGCUGUCAGUCAACCACCGGUAACAAAAACCCCACCCCCUAAACCAACGCCACCAACACGGCCUACCCGGACCCCACCAGCUCCUCACCCACCACCCAAAGCUAAGCCAACACCCGCUCCUGCAGCAAAGCCAACAAAACCUGCUCCCAAACAUGUAGCCCCGCCCCCAACUCCGCCCUCAAAAGCACCAGCUCGCAGAAGUGCCACGCAGAGCCGUGCUGCCACACCAUCGUCCACCAAGACUGCAAACAAACAAACUCCAGCCCCCAAGAAAGGCGUUGCAAAGAAGGGUAAAGUCCAGGAAGAGGAAGCUGCUGAGGAGGAAGAAGAGAGUGAAGAGGAGGAGGAGGAGGAAGAAGAAGAGGAGGAGGAGGAGGAAGAAGAAGAGAGUGCAUCAGAAGAGGAUGAGCCACAACCCAAAAAAUCGAGGAUGGCGGCGUCUGUUCAAGGUCGAGGUAAAGCCGUCGUGGAAAAAACCCCAACACCAGCUAAACAGACCAGCACAGAGCAUGUCACUAACAGCACUAACGAAGAUUCAAAGAAGGAUGCGGCAAAAAAUGCUCAGAAAGAUAAAGGCAUUCUGGUAGAGGCGAAGGUGAACGGGGAAUGGUUCACAGGUCGCGUUACUGCGGUAGAGUUGGGGAAGGACAGUGUACGCUGGAAGGUCAAGUUUGACUACGUUCCCAUGAAUACUCCGAGAGACCGCUGGGUGUUUAAGGGCAGUGAAGACGUCCGACUUAUGCGUCCCGCCUCUCCGGAGUCUCGAAGCCCAGACACCAAUCAGGUUCCAGCACGAUCUGUAACCCCAGACACCAAUCAGGUUCCAGCACGAUCUGUAACCCCAGACACCAAUCAGGUUCCAGCACGGUCUGUAACCCCAGACACCAAUCAGGUUCCAGCACGAUCUGUAACCCCAGACACCAAUCAGGUUCCAGCACGGUCUGUAACCCCAGACACCAAUCAGGUUCCAGCACGAUCAGUAACCCCGCCCACCGCUGCCGAGCCAGACACAACUCAGAGCGGGCCGAGCAGAGAGACGACAGAAGGCCUCGUCACCAUGAUGAGGACGUUGCUAAGGUAUUUUUUCCCGCCGGAUUUCCGAAUCCCUAAAGAUUCUGUGAACACUAUGAGCGCCGAGGACCUUGUGGCCUUUCCCAUCAAAGAGUAUUUUCAGCAGUAUGAGGCUGGGCUGCAGAGUUUGUGUAACUCCUACCAGACUCGGGCUGAGUCACGGGCACGUGCCGUGGAGGAGAAGAGCAGCGGAGCAGAGGCUAAGCUGAAAGAGUCUGAAGAGAAACUACGAAAACUACGAACGAACAUCGUCGCUCUGCUGCAGAAAGUCCAGGAGGACAUAGAGAUCAGCAGUGACGAUGAGCUGGAUGCCUACAUUGAAGAUUUGGUUACCAAGGGAGAGUGAAACUCCAUCUCUUCAGUUUUACCUCUCUUCGUCUUCACUCUCUUCAUUUGUGUUCCAGUUAUUUUACGCGUUCGGAUGACCGGAGAUGAUUGCUGGUCGACCGCACCUUCAUCCCUGCCCGUAUACUGUGACAGAACUCUAUAGAGCAGCAAGAACAUCAUGGCCGACUUCAACAUAAACCGUUAAUAAAAAGCACCACUAACGCCAUCAACUCAGUCCUGGAGCUUAUGCAUUUUCAUUUUGGACCUUGUGAGCCGCAUGUGAUGAGUGGAGAUCGAAUCUGAUUAGUUGUUUUCUUUGUUUAAUUGGUUUAACUCAUCGCAGAGCGUUUUUUAGGGUCUCGGUGUUGUAAAGCUUCAUUCUCAACUCUGAACUGGAUUUCAUGGAGCAUGGAGCUGUUCUCACAGCUCACGGCGACUCCUUGCAAACCAGUUUGACUAUAAGCGAGUUUGAAAAUGGGCUUUAACUUGCUGCUAUGUAACCGAAUUCUUUCAAGUUUCAGUUACAUCCCGUUUCUUGUUUUCCAUGUAGUUGGAGGCCACAUCCAAUUUGAGUUAUUUUGUUUUAUCUCUACUUUUCCAUUUUUGGAGUAAACACUGAUCUGAUGCUGUUCACCUCUUCAGUUACAGUACUUAGUCUUUAUCAUUAUAUCUGAGAAUAUGUUUUACGAAGUUUUAUUAAAACAGUCCAAUAAAGUUUAGGACGUACUUGUGGUCUUAUGGUGCUGUUUGUAUAAGAAACCAGUUUUCAGUUAAUGAUCUUUCACUUAUAGCACACGUGCAUCACCCAGACAUCUGUAAGAUGUGUUUGUUUGCAUCUGGAAGACGUAUUUUGGAGGUUGUUUACUCAUCUGCAAUACAUCUAUAAGAAGGGGUGGCGGUUCCAGUCCCGGCCCGCAUUUGGCAGACGCUUUUAUCCAAAAGUGACUUACAGUGCGCUUAUUAAAGGGACAAUUCCCCCAGAGCAAACCUGGAGUUAAGUGUCUUACUCAAGGACACAAUGAUGGAUGCUGUGGGGGUUGAACCAGCAACCUUCUGCUUACCAGUUCUUUGCUUUAGCCCACUACGCCACCACCACUCCACAUGCCUUGGGCAAGACACUGAACCCAGAGAGAGAGAGAGUGUGUGUGAGAGAGAGAGAGUGAGAGAGAGAGUGUGUGUGUGUGAGAGAGUGAGAGAGAUAGUGUGUGUGUGUGUGAGAGAGA